GUAAAGAUGUCAAAUCUGUGGAUUUUGUUUGUAAACUUAUUGGUUUAAAUGAUAUCUACAAUAUUCUUGUACGAGCAUCUAUGUCUGUACAGCAAGUCAAUAAAUAUCCGUGGGAACAUGAUGAUUCAAUUCGAUAUUUACAAAAAUGUUUAAAUGGAUAUAUUAAAUUACUCGAACAAUUAGACUUAAAUAAAACGCAGGAAAUGGAUAGUUUGGAAGAAUCUGAAGAAGAGGAACCAGUUGGUUUACUCGGACCAACAAUCGAUGAAGAUUGUAAUGUACAAGAAGAAGACGACGAAGAAACACGAGUUCGAGUGAUGCCAUCGGCCAAAUAUAUUGAACAAUAUUAUCAAGAUCUAUUGAAAUGUGAAUUCAAACAACGUCGAAUCACUAGGCAAUCUGGUGAUUAUAAUAUAGAAGAUCCAGCUGCACAUGCAAGAAAAAAACUGAUCGAAUUAUGUCAACAAUUAGUUGAAACAAUUACAACACGGUUUUGA